AUGCGCGAGAAGGUACAGGUGUAUCCAGAAUAUCGGCUGACAGAGAAGGGCAGGGAAUACAUAGGAAGGGUGAAUGUGACGGAAUCGGGACAGAACUGUCUCGACUGGAGAGACUAUCCCUACGGCAUACCAGACGACUUCAACGUCACGGUUGAAGUUAAGGAAUUUCUGGAAUCCAAAUCGCCAUUCGAUCCUGACAGAACACCGGCGACGAACGCAGCAUUCGAGGUCCACUUUCUCAAUCUGGACUCCUGGUCUCACCAGAACUUCUGUCGGAAUCCGUCCGGGAGGGACAGACCCUGGUGCUUCGUUUCCGACCCUGCAAAGCAAUGGGAAUACUGCGACAUUCCAAUGUGCACGCAGACAGUUCCUCCUGAGUGCAAGUUGACUCAACAAGGUGGCGAAUACGUGGGAACAAGGAACGUGACGAUCACAGGCGAUCCGUGUGUGUCAUGGGGAGUUGCAUUUGAUGAGAUCGAUGUAUUUCUCCCUGCGAUUCCGGACGACGACCGCGUCGACCUGGAACACAACUUCUGGCGAAAUCCGCUGGCCGCUGUUUCUCCGUUUUGUUACUACCAGGAAAAAUCCGGUUAUUUCUUGAAGGGAUACUGCGACAUCCCGUUUUGCAAUCAUCAAGCCGAAGUCGUUGGCGCGGGGGGCGAAGGCGUGUAUCCAGAAUGUCGACUGUCGGAAAAGGGGAAGGAAUACGUGGGGAGCAAGAACGAGACCGAAACGGGAAAGGCAUGCUUGCCGUGGUAUUUUCAACUCUAUGACAGACGUUGGGAUUUUAUUUCCUUUACCUACAAGGCAUUUUUCGUAGAUGGGUUCUUCAACGAGUACAGUUACAACGAGUUAAACAUACCCAGUCACAAUCACUGCAGAAACCCGGGAUUAUACCGAAGGCGACCGUGGUGCUUCGUCUCCGACGUGGACACGAAGUGGGAGUAUUGCGACAUCCCCUUCUGCCACGACCUCGGUCAGUCCAUCCAGGAGCCUCCCCGAAAGAACACCUCGCGUUCCGACUCACAUUCUUCCUUCUUUCUCCCAGGUCCACCGGAAUGUAAAGUGAGUAGAAAAGGAGGAGAAUACGUGGGGAAGAGGAACGUGACAAUAUCGGGGUUCCCCUGUCUACCUUGGUUUUUGACCAUGGAGGAAAGAACACCCCAUUCAUUUUCAGACGAACUGGAUGGAAGACACACGUUUUGCCGCAAUCCUUUCGAUUUUCCCAACGGCCCUGCAUGUAUCAUCAACCAGAUGGAUUGGGAGUAUUGCGACGUUCCAUUUUGUCAGUCCGACGAUGAAGAACGGUGCGACGUUCGAGUCGAUGGGCAGUGCGUCAGUCCACUGGAAUGCAAGACGGACGUAAUCGGCAUGUCAUACAUGGGGACCAAAAAUGUGACGCGCAAGGGGCACAAAUGCCAGGCAUGGAUGAGCAACACCCCGAACAACAAAGUUCCAAUCGUCGACUCCUACACCUACGAGCAACAGAAUCUAAAUCCCACAGAAUCCGGCGACUACUACGGAACGAGCUCCUUCCCGGACGAAGUCCACCCGCAUCACAACUUCUGUCGGAACCCAUUCGGCGACGAAGAAGGUCCAUGGUGCUUCAGGAGCGAUGGGCCGGGACGGGACUAUUGCGAUAUCCCCAUCUGCACUUGA